UCGGGUCAGCAUGCGGGCUUGUUGCCGCUGCCGCUGCUCCCGCACCCGCCCGGCACACACAGACGAGCCAACUAGCCCUGCACCGCGCUUAGGUACCUCUUUUGCGAAAUAUUAGAUCUCCUAGUGGCCUUGACACCAGACCGACGUUGCUGUGCUGCAUCUAAACGUGUCAAGCAAUGGAAGAGAAGGGGCAGAGCAAUCAUGGGGGAGCCCAGCAUCAACACCAACAGCAGAUCCCUCCGUUGAUACCCCCUACCAGGCCACCGCCACCAUCAGAUUCAAUUGUAGCGAAAGAAGAGCCGGGCAGUUUGGAUCCGCCUCGCAAGCCGAUUAAGAAGCGUAUACGAAAGCCUAGGGGGCGUGGAUUACGGACUAAGACCGGUUGCUUGACAUGCCGCAAAAGGCACAAGAAAUGUGACGAGAGGCUGCCAAUAUGCAGUCAUUGUGCAACGUCGAACCGCGACUGCGUAUGGCCAGAUAUUCAAGCCAUAGAUACGGCUGCUACAUCUUCAGCUGCCGCCACUCAGAUCUCCUCACCGACAGCUGGGUCGGUAGAUGGACACUCGGAUAGACCUCCAACCAGCCACUCAACCAUCAUCCCGUCAGCAACCUCGCAAUCAAUGUACUCUUCUCAUCUUCCAUCAUCUUCUUACCAAAAGUCCCGUUCCCACUCACAAUCUCAAGAUGGUGAUCCUCGUGGCUCUUAUGGGUCCAUGGGCAGCUCUUCGCAUAACUCUUCACCAUCCGCCCAAAGGGGUUACUCUCCUGACCUCGCUCCGACGAGGCCAAGUCUUCCACCACCUGGGCCCGUGGCCCCGACUCUCGACUACAACUUCCCCAAUGGUCCCAUCCCAGAUUCUCACAACAUAGUGGACCCUGCACUGGCGGCCAUGUAUCCGAACAUGAAACCUAAACCACAGAUACCAGAACCAUACCAUACCCACAGGCAAAGGAAAUCCACCAGUGUGUCGACAGCGAGUCCUCGCAUUGCCGAUCUCCUCAUUGACACUACCCAACCUAUUCAGCACUCACCCAGAUCCCCGGAAACAGUCACCUCGGAUGGAAUGCUCAGCGCGGGUGUCGCCAGUACGAGAUGGCUUGACCUCCUCGCAGGUGACGCCGAAGAGGCCGACAGCGGGUUCUCACUCAGCCGUCGUAACAGCAAGUCGCAGCUGCCACCCCACACGUUGAACGAUGGAAUGCGACGCCUAAGCCAGGAAAGAAUGGGACCUGGCGCCUCCAGGAGUGGCUUGAGGAUAUCCAACAGCCGGUGCGGGGUCAUGGGCAGGCUAGACUGGGACAUACCUGAUAGAUACCCGUGGCAGGAGGCAAUUGAUAUUGAACUAACAUCGAACGAAGCUGCCUUAUUCCGCGCCUUUGCCGAGCGGUCGGCGCUGUGGCUAGACAUAUUUGAUCCGUGGAAGCAUUUCUCGACUUAUGCAGUAAGGCUUGCCAUGCGGAAUGUUGGCUUGAUGAAGGCGAUACUAGCUCUCCAGGCUCGGUAUGCGUCAGUAGCUAAGCAGAUGGCUGCAAAGCAAGACCCGAGGCCCGGGAAUCACCGCAGGGAAAUGUUCAUGGCCGCAAACGUGGACCCAACGGAUGCAGUGCAGUACUAUCAUGAAGCGUUGCACUAUGUCUCGACGGCACUUCAAUACCAUUCUUAUGCCCACAGUGAGGAGUUGUUGGGGACGGCUCUCGUCAUUAGCACGUAUGAGAUGCUUGACGCGUUCAACUCGGCAGUGCCACACGAACUUGACUCGGCCGUCUCGAACUGGCAGAGACACCUAAAGGGCGUAUUUUGGAUUCAACGGUCCCAGGAUGUCAACGGAGCGUCAGGGGGGUUGAGACAAUCAGUAUGGUGGGCCUGGCUGAGGCAAGACCUCUGGGCGGCUUUUCGCGAAGGUAGACGGUGCCUGAGCUUUUGGCGUCCGGUUGUUGACUAUCCCAAUCUGACCCAGUGUGAGCUCGCUGACCGGGCUGUGUACCUGCUCAGUCAGGCAGUCAACUACUGCGCCGAAUCUGGGCCUGACAAUGACAAAGAUCGUCCUGAAUUGGUGACACGUCGAGCCGAGAGGGGCGAGGAGCUUAUGGACAUGCUCGAACGGUGGAAGUCGUUUCUGGGCGAUGGUUUCCGGCCAUUACUGACGGCUCCAGGGACCAGUCUGUUAUCAGUGAGCCACCACCACCAUCCGACAUCAGCGUCUUCUGUAGGAACUCAAUCGACCGGAUCCCUUCAUGUAAGAUCAGCAGCCGAGGUUGGUCCCUCGCAUGGAUGGCAACCAAUAUGGAUUCAUCCGCCUCAAUUCGCUGCUGCCAUGCAGGUGUACAGCUUUGCAAAAAUCCUCGUCACUCUGAACCGGCCUGCGGCGGGUGACUUUGACGAGCAUGCUAGAGCGCAGAUCCUCAGUGAAUCGGUAGCGAAUAUCUGCGGUAUCGCCAUGGAGUUGAAAGAUCAAAGCUGCCAGAUCAUGUCGGCAAAGUGUCUUUUUGGCGCAGGCCUCUGCGUCCAGCAACAAGUCCAACAGGACACUAUUAUAUCGCUCAUCCAGGCCUGCGAGGCGAGGACGGGCUGGCCGAUGGCCACAUUGCAAAGUGAGCUGCGGAAAGAGUGGAGGCGGAGUGAUGUAGAAAUGAGAGAUGUAUGAUGAGAAAUAGAAGAAAACAAAGAAAAAGAUAAAAGAAAAAAAAAACAGGAAAAGAGAAAAGAAU